GGGGUAGAUAUGCAGGGGCACACCUUUAAUCCCAGCACUCAAGAGGCAGAGAUAGGUGGAUCUCUGUGAGUUCAAGGCCAGUAGUUUCUACAUGUAGAGUUCUGGGCCACCCAGAGUUACACAGUGAGACCCUGUCUAAACAACAAAAUCACUUAAGUUGUGUUGUCCUUUGAAAAUGAGGAGGCCAAAAGACAGGAUGAAUUCAAAAGUUGAUACUUGUAAUAACUACUCUUGAGUUGCUGAUCUCAUUGGAAUAAAUAAAACCAAGGCUAGACAAAGCUGCCAGAGAGUCCCUGUGGGCUUUGUGAGCUUCUGGAAAGAAUGGAGAAAAAUUUAAGUUCUCACGGAUGCACACAGAAAAGAAACCACUGCAACACCUAUUGCCACAGCUGUGGCACCACAGCUCUUAUUCAGUAACCAUUGAGGCGUCUCGACGUGGUCAGUCAGGAAUCUAUGAAUGAACUAUUCCUGUACCCCUGGGUAACUUUCCUCUUCCACACCUUUGGAACUGAUGUCCAGUAUCAUCUGACUACUGCACUGCAACUUGUCCUUGUGAAUUGGAUGACACUUAAGGAGUGACUCAUCCACUUAACCCAAUGGGCCUUCCAGGAAAUUGUUCCUGUUUAUUGCUAUUUUCAAAUGGUGGAGAAGCACACAAUAAUGAGCGAGAAAUAAUUUUUGUUUUACUCUCUGAUUCCAAGUGUUAAAGAAGCAUCCCAUUCUUAGAGACUGCCCCAUCAUUUGCAAACGUAAUGUACUGCUGAGGAUGCAAACUGUCCACAUAACCGCUCUUGGAUUCCAUUAAAAUUAAUCGGAAGUCCCUUUUAAUGUCUUUGAAAAUUGCUUCAAGUGGCAAAAAUCAGAAAAUCUACCCAUGGGGCACAUUCAGCUAAUUACAAUUUGCUUCUCAACUAGUCAUUCUUAGCUGUAUGCUCCAACUUCAUAAAACUCAAACAACCCUGGGUAACAAGAGCUAGACAAACCAGUUAUUCACCUAAGUGCAAAUAAUUUCAAAUGACCCUUCAUUUCUUCAAUAUUUCUUUCUUAAAAAUGAUCUGUAUGAGUAUUUUGCUUGCUUGUAUAUCUUACGUAUCACUUGUGUGUGUGAUACCCAUAGAAGCCAGAAGAGGGCAUCAGAGCCCCCGGGAACUGGAUUUACAGACUGAGCCUCAAUGUGGGUGCUGGGAAUUGAACCUAAGUCCUCUGGAAGAGCAGCCAGUGUUUUUUAACUGAAGACCCAUCUCUCUAGCCCCUCUUCAAUAUUUUCUAACAAUCCAGAGUGGUGUUGUGGUGAACUGAACUUAGAUGUAUGUUUCUCUGUCUACAGAACCACUUUGUGUUCCCUCCCAGUUGGUAUUGGGGAAGAAACAGAGAAAUAAGGAUAAAGACAUCAAGAAGAGGAGAGAGCGACAGGGUGUGUGUCUGUAGGUGCACACCACUUAGUCAGGGCAUAUAAACUAGAGUGAAGAAAGUUAAGUGGAGACAGGCCAUACUCUAACGUUUACCAGUUAAAUAACCCUAGAGAAAUUGUAACCUAAUAAAACAGGAAAGAAGGAAGAUCAAAAUGAUGUCUUCCUUAGAAUUACACAGGGCCACAUAUAUAAAAGGAUAUUUUGUGAUUGGUAAGUGCCAACCACAUGUGAGUAGAGAGAUUCUAGUAUGUAAAACUGAAACCAUUAGGACAAGACAUCAUGAAGAUGUCAACCUAUAUGUUCAAUGACGGUAAAGUUUUUACUUACAUGGUAUGAUGGCAGUUUCCCCUAAGCUAACUACAUGAAAUGGGAUACCAUGUUUAUCUAGCAAUUAUGACUACGACAGUCACAUUUGGGAUUAAAAAGUCAUACAUUUUCCCAUCUAAAAAAUCUCUCCAAAUUUUCUUGAUAAAUUGGGAAGUAUAAAAUAUUUAUUAUAAGCUGGGUGGUGGUUGCUUAUGCCUUUAAUCUCAGCACUUGAGAGUCAGAGGUAGGCAGAUCUCUAAAUUUGAGGCCAACCUGGUCUACAGAGUGAGUUCUAGGACAGCCAGGGCUACAAACACAGAGUUUUGCCCAUUGCCUUGUCUAGAAAACAAACAAACAAAAACAAAGAAACACACACACACACACACACACACACACACACACACACACACACACACACUUAUCGUAAUAGAGUAUGUGAUAGAUAGGAUCUUUGUCUAAAUAAAAACAUUCAAACAACAAUUACGUUUUUAAGUACAAAUUGUUUAGUUAUAUUUACGAGGAAUGUUUAACUAUGAAUUCUAUUUUAGGGUAGAUGUAUAAAAGUUUUACUGAAACUCAAAAGUUCCAGUGUCAAGUAAUAACAUUGAAAAAAAAGGUAUCUGAGCAGCCACCACUGUGUCUUAAGAUUUUUACUUUGAAGAGUCUUUGCUUCCAUUGGCAAGACCUGCUUGGGGCCAUCUGGAUGGGAGAGCAAUGUCUGAGUGUCUUUAAGCAAGGAUGGCCGUUUGACUACCUUCAUACUUACACGCAAGUAGAAGGCAAUGGUAGCAGCCUUUACAUUCACUUCUUCUUAGGCCUUUCUUUCAGUAAAGUGUCACUCCAUCUGUACAAUUGGAGUCUAAUCUCUCCAUCCCUGACCACAAAGGCCCUGAUGGCCAACAUCUUCUCCACUCUUUUGAUACCCUCUUGUCUUACUUCAGUGAAGCCCUUAGAUUCCUUCAUUGCCUCAGUCUUUUUCUCUUUAUCCUGCCUCUUUUUAUCUAACUCAUUUACAUCCCCGAGCGCCCUUUAUCUUUAUUACCAUCAGCAUCUUCUCCUGAAUUUUCAGACUGAUUUCAUGUCAUAAUGACCAUUCUUCUUUUUUGUUCCAGUCAGUUGAACGCCCCAGGAGAACAAGAAAAACCCCAGUAUUUGUCAUAUUUUUGCCACAUGUAACAUCUUCCCAACUGUUUUCUGUGUAUGAUUUUAUUCUAUCCUCAGGAAACCAUGAAUGAGAGUUUUGCCCAUUUUGUAAGCAAGAGGAUGGUCUCAUAGGGGUUAAUCACAUUUCUUCAGGUGUAGCAUCAGUUCAAAGAUACCAUCAAUCAUAGACACCUUGUUAUUUUUAAAAGUAAAAGGAAAUGCUGCAAAUCUAAUUGCCAGGGUGCUUCAGUUGACAGAUACAUUCUGAUCUCAGGCAUGUUAAGUGUACAAAAAAGUUUUUUUUUUUUUUCUGAGAGUCGGUGAGCUAUGACAAGCUUUGAAAGACACACAGAUCAAACCCAGGCAACUGGGAUCCAGAGAAUAAUUGCCAUAAUUAUGUUAUUCUGCCUCAUAAAAACUAUUCAGGCAUACAAAGUAGCACACUACAAAUUCCUGGUCUCAUACAUUAUCUGAGUCUUUGCUUUUGAUUUUUAAUCUGUCUUCACUCCCAGCCCUUCUUUCCAUUCUUGCCUACCAUGGUUACUCCAGAGCUCUUCUAUUCUCUCUGGACUCUCUACCUAUCACUUGCCUCCUUUACUUUUGACCUUCACUAGAAAAAUUGGGACUGUCAGUUGUCUCCCUCAGCUGCUUCGUCCCUGUCCUCCAUAUCACCCAUGACACCCAUGCCCAUAGGCACCCUUUCUUCUUUCCUGUUUCAGAAUGCAAGCUGUCUGCCUUUCUUGUAGGUGUUGGCUCCUCUUUUUUCUCUUAACCUUCUGCUUCUCAUUUCUGACAUUUUUAAAUCACCCUUCCCCGAUGCUCAACGAUGCUUCUCUAUUGGGUUCUCUACCUCAGCUGUGAUUAUGACCAAGAUCCAAUCCCUAAUCUCUAUUCCUGUCAUCCUCUCUCUGUGUAUCAAAAUUCUAUAGGGAAAGGCUCAGGUACUGUUAUCAUUUAAUAACUUUCCAUCCCUGCCUUUGCCCACCACAACUCCACUGACACUGAGAUGAAAUCACUCUUAGUAUUCUCAUCAAUGACCUUCUAUUUUCUUAGAUUAAGUGGAAACAUCUUCCCUUCAUUUUAUUCGCAUCUUUUACUGAAUCUGUGUGAUUCAGUUGGCUUCUUCCUACUUGGUGAAAAUCUCUUUCAUCAACUCCCAAGUGUUUCACACACUGCCCUGACUCUUCUAAGCUCUGUUUCUCAGUUACUUAACCAUUGACCUUACCCAAGGUUUUUCCUCAGGCUAUCAUUAACCUACUUUCCAUAAUUUUUGAUGGUCUAAACAAUUGCCUCUAUUUGAUGAAAUCCAAAAUUCAGGCUUCUUAGCCAUCUAAUAUGUUUCUCUGUAGUUGCUAUAUCUCUGCCUACAUAGGAUCUCCAUUGGAUGUCACUCAUCUCACCCUUAAUAUGUGCAAGACCCACCCAACCCCAUACUUUCCCAAAUCUGUUCUUCAAAUUUCUUCUCUAAGCCAAUGGUAAUUCCAAACCUCCAAUUAUUUAGGCCCCAACUUGGUGUUAACUUUAACCUCUGUCUUUUACUUGCUUUCCCUAUAGAGUCCAUCAAAACAUCUUUUACCUAGAACGGUAGUAGUACCAAGAGUCUGAUCCCUUUGCUAGGUUCCAUAGGAUCUCUCUACGUCUGUGUUCACAGGCUAUGCUAAAAUGUUCACUUUUUUGGUAAGGAUGUUUAAAAGGUAGUGCGUUCCUUGAUAUCCAGAAAGCAAGACCACAGUCUUAUCUCCACACCUACUUGGGGGCAAACAGAAGCAGGUAUUAUCUGCCCAGUUGAAAGACAGAAACUGAAGUAUACUUGGUUCAGUUGAGAGAAGAAGGGAAAACUUAGAGCCCCACUGGACUUCUUCUUCUUCUUCUUCUUCUCCUUCUUCUUCUUCUUCUUCUUCUUCUUCUUCUUCUUCUUCUUCUUCUUCUUCUUCUUCUUCCUCUCCUCCUCUUCCUUCCCCUCCUUCUUCUUCCUCUUCUGUUUUUCUUUAAGAUAUAUUAUUUAUUUAUUAUUUUUAUUUUUUAUUAAGUUUUUUUUAACUCAUUUUAUAUACCAAUCACAGAUCUCCCUCUUCCAUCCUCCUGUCCCCCAACCUUUCCCCUCAACCCACCCCACUCCCUCCUCCAAAAAGGUAAGGCCUCCAAUGGGGAGUCAACAGAGCCUGGUACAUUUAGUUGAGGCAGGUCCAAGCCCCUUGCCCCUGCAUCAAGGCUAUGUGAGGUGUUCCACCAUAGGUAGUAGGCUCUAAAAAGCCAGCUCAUGCACCAGGGAUGGAUCCUGAUCCUACUGCCAGGGGGCCCCUUAAGCAGAUCAAGCUACAAAACGCUUAUGCAGAGGGAGAAAGAAAACAGCUUUUCUUAAUGUUACCUCCGGAGGAGGCUAGUUAUCUGAGGCUUCAAUAAACCUCACCGUAAGACCCCUAAGUAACCAUGGAUACUGUCAAGUUGGCACAAAAGCCUUCAGGUAAUAGACAGUACAAGAGUUUUUUAGGAUGCUGGGCACUUUUAGGAAAGACAUGGGAAGGAAGGCCCUUCACCUGAGAGCCCUUAUCUGGGAAUGUUUUAGUUAAGGUGGGUGCCAAUGCCCAGCAAUGCCCUUGAGAAAGUGAUGGGCUUCAUCUUGAGACUAAGAUCUUGAUUAGCUGAAAGGAAAACAAAAGAAAAUCCAUCCAAGCUGCUUCUUUUUGGUGAUCGAGGAUUCUGGGGAGAAAUCAGAGAGGGAAAAAUAAGGACACCCUCAGUAGCCCAGGCUAAAAACAACAAGGACUCUCUAGCUUGGAUCAAGGAUGAAGAAGAGUUCAUAGCCUCCCGUACUUUGCCUCCAUCCACUCCAGGACCUCAGUGGGGAUAGGAGAAAUUCACAGUCUGGCUGGAAUUUGCCCUUGUUUCUUCUCCCGACCCCAAUACCUCAUGCAGUCCUCCCCUCACACCCUUUGAAACUCAGGCGAGGCACUAGUGAGAAGCCGGGUUGGGGCCUCCACUGUCUCCCAGACAGGAGUCAAGCUGAGCACCAACUUUGCAGCGCUGUGACUCUCCAGGUAGGUAGGUCCUGGGAGCCAGGACACACAAAAGGUGGGCGUGGGCCCUGAUUAGGGAGGGGACCUGCAGCCAACCCCCUGGUUCUGAACUCCAAACCUCUGCGGGGGAGGAGCAAGGAGGGUUCUGGAGACUGGAACCGGGACUUGGGGGCGAGAGGCAGUGGCAGUUUGCAGGUCCUUUGACGUAGUCGAGCACUCCCACUGCUUAAGAAGAGGCACGCUGGCACCCAGGACGCGGAAGCUGGGGACAGUCACCUGCUUAAGGAGCAGCUUGAGUGCGUCCUUCCUGCGCACUCGAGGGAUCGCGGAGAGUGCAGGUGAGCGCAGAGCGGCGCCCUACAGACCCACAGCAGAGGCGCGGGAUGACGAGGUGAGUGGGGGCCGAGAUCCUGACCCUGAGGCUCAGCCUGGGCGGGUGAAGCAGCGAGAGCAGGUGCCUGGACCAAAACUCGCCAGCACUGGGUUCUCAACGGAGCGCACAAGGGGACUCCUGCGUUAGCGAGCCCACCCCUCGGAAGCUCCUAAACGGAGCCCCUUUCUGAAAAGUCUUUAUCAGCUAGGUUAUUAGCACAAGCCCCAGGACACGCCAACUUCAGCACCUCGGAUAGCACCUCCUCCUUCUAAAAACUUCACCUGGAUAGCAAGGCGGCAACACUUGGACAGAGAAAACCUUUGGUUGCAGGACCAUGGCUGAUCCUGGGACCAGAAGAGGGAUCCACUGCCCUCUGAGUCUCACCUGCUCCCUGCUCAUUGUGGGAAUGUGCUGUGUGUCUCCUGUGUUCUGUCACAGUCAGACAGACCUACUGGCUCUUAACCAAGCUGAUCCUCAAUGCUGGGAGUCCUCCUCAAUGCUCCUCUUGGAAAUGCGGAAGCCUCGUGUUUCUAACACUGUUUCUGGCUUUUGGGAUUUUAUGAUCUACCUGAAGUCAUCUGAGAACUUGAAGCAUGGGGCACUGUUCUGGGAUCUGGCCCAACUCUUCUGGGACAUCUACGUAGACUGUGUCCUCUCCAGGAACCAUGGCUUAGGAAGGAGGGAACUGGCUGGAGAGGAAAAGAAAGAAAAGCAAAGCUCAACAGUGCUGCAUUCGGGGAUCAAACAAGGUGCCUAUUCUCAGCUCUUAAGAACCCCUUUCUUAAAGAAGAGAGAGCUGAUUGGAGAGUUGAUAAGCGUGCACAUGCGCAGGCGGGCCUCUAGGGUUGGUGGAAAAGAGAAGCCGGAAGUAAAGAGAAAACAAAGCUACCUUCAGAGCUAACUCGAGCCUUGGAAUUAAGAAAAGAAAAAAAAAAAAAGAAUAUUUUCCUAUCAAUCAUUUAUGCAUUUGAAGUCAAGUAAAUGUCCAGAGGUGAAUAUCAUGCCACGUUCUCUAAGAGUACUUCGUUUUUCAGCGUCUUGGUUGCUAGCCAGUCUCUUCAUAUGGUGAUUACUUCCUGAGCACUCCGCUGUCUACAGAAGCCAAAGAACUUCCUGUCCUUGGGGAGGCCUGGCAUCACUGAUGAACUAGACGGCCACGCACAUUUAGCUUGCAUAAACCACGUGCAUCACCAGCCAUUAACCGACCGCGGCAUUGCUUAUGAAACUGGUACGGACGGACGACAUGCAUGAAUGGUAUUACUUACUGAUGGUCUGUGACUCUCGACCUUGUCUGAGAAAAUAGUUUUGAAUACGGAAUGAAGAAGAAACCACGGGGGGAAAUAAAACGUUCAUCUAAUGAAAACAAAAUUAAUAAAAGCUUUGGCUCCCAACUGGUGUUAUUGGAUUCUCUUUAUUUAAAUCUUUAAUACUAGCACGAACCGUGUCCAAACUCUAAUAAGAUAGCAUAAUUAUCUUUCAAUUAUGUAUUUGCUGUUUGAUUAAAUAUUAAAGCUCUAUAAGUGGUUAUACUUUGCACCAAAAAGCAAAAUAAAAUGAAAGUGGAUGUGAUAUAAGAAGAACCUGUCAAUAUUUUUUUCCUUGAAAAACGAUCGGCCUGAAUGAGCUUCAUCACAGCAAAGCCCCAUUAACAACUGCCUGUGAGAUCUAGACAAGACACUAUUUUUACCUCAAAUUAUUCCCAUAUUUCUAAUAUUUCUCUUAAAACACAUGCUUGACAAGGAGUUUGAAUUUCACAUAUAUUAGCAAUUAGUCUCAGGGCAAGUGUCACUGUUUGGGGCCCUCCUCAAACUAGAGAAGUUGUCUAAAGGUUAUCAGAAGAUGCAGCUUCAUUGGAGGAUUAGCUGGGUCUUAACAACAUGGGAUGGACCCCUGAGAAGAGCUGGUGGUGGGUGGUGGGGAGA